GGCUCCCUCCAGCGGCCACAAACUGUCACGAUCCACUGCUGUUUUCCUAGAGUCUGCAGAUGUCUCCGUUUCGUGGGGCUAGUAGAGAUUGCGCAGGCGCAAGGGCGGYCGACGUGGCCGCGGAGACCCUGCUUAGGGGGUCGUGUUGAGUGGCUGACUCACGAGGUUCUCCUGGGUUUCCUACCCUYGCUCCCUCCUCUCGCUAAGGUUUUACGGUGGUUCCUGGGUUCAAAGCCGACUGACGUCCUCCCCUGCACCGUUUGGAAGUUAUGGAGCAAGAGCCACAAGAUGGAGAACCUGCUGAAAUCAAGAUCAUCAAGGAAGCAUAUAAAAAAGCCUUUUUAUUUGUUAAUAAAGGACUGAAUACAGAUGAAUUAGGUCAGAAGGAAGAAGCAAAGAACUACUAUAAACAAGGAAUAGGACACCUGCUCAGGGGAAUCAGCAUUGUAUCAACUGAAGCUGAACACACAGGCCCUGAGUGGGAAUCUGCUAGACAAAUGCAACAGAAAAUGAAAGAAACACUACAGAAUGUACGCACGAGGUUAGAAAUUCUAGAGAAGGGCCUUGAUACUUCUCUGCGGAAUGACCUUCAGGAGGUACCUAAGUUAUAUCCAGAAUUUCCACCUAAAGACAUAGGUGAAAAGUCACCAGAGCCUCAGUCCUUUAAUUUACCUCUUCAGCAUGCUGAAGUAGAUGGAAACACUUCAGCCUUAAGUGCAGGGUUAGUGGCUACACCUCCUUUGUCCUUACCAUCUCCAGGCUGUCCAUCAGAAGCUCCUCCUGCUUAUACUCCUCAGGCUGCAGAGGGUCACUAUACUGUGUCCUAUGGAACAGAUUCUGGGGAGUUUUCGUCAGUGGGAGAAGACUUCUAUAGGAAUCAUUCUCAGCCACCUCCUCUUGAGACCUUAGGGCUAGAUGCAGACGAGUUGAUUUUGAUACCAAAUGGAGUACAGAUUUUUUUUGUAAAUCCUGCAGGGGAGGUUAGUGCACCUUCAUAUCCUGGGUACCUUCGAAUUGUGAGAUUCUUGGAUAAUUCUCUUGAUACAGUUCUAAACCGUCCUCCUGGGUUUCUUCAGGUUUGUGACUGGUUGUACCCUCUGGUUCCUGAUAGAUCCCCAGUUCUGAAAUGUACUGUAGGUGCCUAUAUGUUUCCUGAUACAAUGUUACAAGCAGCAGGUUGCUUUGUGGGAGUUGUCUUGUCUUCUGAGUUACCAGAAGAUGAUAGAGAACUCUUUGAGGAUCUGUUAAGACAAAUGUCUGAUCUUCGGCUCCAGGCCAACUGGCAAAGGGCAGAAGGGGAAAAUGAAUUCCAAAUCCCUGGAAGAGCAAGAUGCCCCUCUGACCAAUUGAAGGAAGAAGCUGCUGCCACUUCAUUAGACCAAGGCAACAAGGAUAUGCGUCAUAGAGGAAAACGUGGAAAAAAGACUAAAGAUACUUCAAAUGAAGAAAUUAAUCUGAGUCACAUUGUACCCUGUGAGCCGGUUUCAGAAGAAAAAGCAAAAGAAUUGCCUGAAUGGAGUGAGAAAGUGGCUCAAAACAUUUUAUCAGGUGCUUCCUGGGUGAGUUGGGGUUUAGUCAAAGGUGCUGAAUUUACUGGUAAAGCAAUCCAGAAAGGUGCCUCUAAACUCCGAGAACGAAUUCAACCAGAAGAAAAACCAGUGGAAGUUAGUCCAGCUGUCACUAAGGGACUUUAUAUAGCAAAGCAGGCUACAGGAGGAGCAGCGAAAGUCAGCCAGUUCCUAGUUGAUGGAGUUUGCAGUGUAGCAAAUUGUGUUGGAAAAGAACUGGCUCCACAUGUUAAGAAGCAUGGAAGCAAACUUGUUCCAGAAUCUCUUAAAAGAGACAAAGAUGGGAAGUCUACCCUGGAUGGAGCUAUGGUUGUUGCGGCAAGUAGCAUUCAAGGAUUUUCAACUGUCUGGCAGGGAUUGGAAUGUGCAGCUAGAUGCAUUGUUAACAAUGUUUCAGCAGAAACUGUACAAACUGUCAGAUACAAAUACGGGCAUAAUGCAGGAGAAGCUACACACCAUGCAGUGGAUUCUGCCAUCAAUGUUGGUUUAACUGCCUAUAAUAUUGACAACAUUGGUAUCAAAGCAGUGGUGAAGAAAACUGCAAAACAAACAGGACAAAAACUCCUUGAGGACUAUCAAAUACCUGGUUCUUCUCGGGGARAAAGUCAAGAAGGAGCAGCAACUGCAGAUAUGAGAAAAGAGAAGGAUGAAAAGACAGAAGAAGUAGAAAAGAAAGAAGGAAAGAAGAAAGAUAAAUAGUGGAAGUGCUGGGAAUCACCUAUACCAAAGCCUUACCAGAUGGAGGAAAUUCUAUUUAAUAGGCAAAUGUGAAAUUCCCUGCAAAUUAAUCAGUAUUUUUUAAAAUGCAUUCAUUCCUACAAAGUGACUGUCCUAUGUUUUAUGACAUGUAUUCCACUUACACAAGGAAAAUAAUCAGUAUUCUUGCACCUGGCCUUUAGAAGUUUGCAGUUAUAUUCUCAGUAAAUUUAUUUUUUCCCAAAAUGCAGCCAAAAUAUUUUUGCAGUUAAAAUAAAGCUUAUAAUACAUGUGCUAUAACCCUCAUUAAACAUUAUAAAAUUAUUUUUAUAUGUUAUCUUUCCGAAAGUAGAAAAUUAUAUAUUUACAUAAAAUUUGGCAUUUAGUAACCUUUGUUCUAUUUAUAGUGGGAAGGAAUGACUUAAAAUACUGCCUCUUUUUGCACUAAUUGUGGAUCUUUUUAGACACUUGUCAGAAUUUUCAGUGUGGAAGCUAAACAAAAACUAUAAUCUGAGCUAAAAGAAUUCUUAGAUAAUAUUUUAAAAGUGUUUUCAAAACAAGGAUGAAGUUGGAUCAUGAAAAAUGAGGUUCUGUAAAAUUAUUUGGUAGUUUAUAUGUUGGUUCUGAAAUGAGAUUUUUUUUUUAAUUUAAAAUCAAUACAAAUAAAUCUGUAAAUCUUUUGGAUUGAGAAUGGUAUUGAUUUAUUAAGAGCCUAGAAAAGUUUUCAGUAUGAUUGAUAUUGCAUUAAAAUUUGGAGUGAUUAUUAUCAGCUUAAUUGGACAAAAAGUACUCUAAAAAAUAAUUUUGCCAUAUAUUGUUUCUCAGAAAGGCAAACACUUUGUUUAAAAAAAUGUUUUUGGAAAAAAAUAUAUGAGCCGUUGAAUUUACUGAUGGUAAAUAUAUUUUUAUUUUUGGCUUUAGCCAUUAGAAUUUGUAUUUAAAAAGCCAAUAAGUUAUUAAAAGGGAAGAUCCUAUUUGUGAUCAAGGUAAAUAAUAUGAAAACGUUAGGCUCAACUAGGUGUGUAGACACAAUAGUUUCCACUUUGGGUAUAAGAAUAUCCACCAAUCUUAAUUUAAGCUACAAAUAGAUAAGUAAAUACUUAAUGGCAUUUUAUUUUUGUUUACUAAUUUUAAAAGAUUGGUAUUAUUUUCAUAGCUAUAUUCUAUUGCAAUCAUUUGUAAAUCUCUAGUGGCUAGUUUGUGGGACUUUAUUUGAAAAUAGCUGAAGAAAGCACUUUGUGAAUAAAUUUGCUGAACYGCUUGGCCUUAA